UUGGGGAUGAUCCCUAUUUGUCUUUUCCCCACUACUAUGUUGUGGAUGAUCCCUCCCUGUCUUAGCCCCACUACUAUGUUGUGGAUGAUCCCUCUCUGUCUUAGCCCCACUUCUGUCUUGGGGAUGAUUCCUAUUCGUCUUUUCCCCACUACUAUGUUGUGGAUGAUCCCUCCCUGUCUUAGCCCCACUUCUGUCUUGGGAUGAUCCCUCUCUGUCUUUGCCUACUAUUGUCUUGCAGAUGAUCCCUCUCUGUCUUUGCCCCACUACUGUGUUAGGGAUGAUUUCUCUCUGUCUUUGCCCUACUACUGUCUUGCAAAAUAUCCCUCUGUCUCUGCCCUAUCACUGUACUCCUAGAUGUUUCCAUCUCCUGAUUUACCCUAUUAC